AGAAAAGAAUACCAAAAAGAACAGAAACCGAACUGACAGUAAUACCCUCUUUCAAGUUUCAACCAUCGAAAACCAAACCAAACAGAAUCUCUUUCUAAGCAGUCACCUCUUUCAUUCAAACAUUCCCUUUCCAUUUCUAUAAAUGAUUUUCCAUUACUUUCCCCUUCUUUCAACCCCAGCAGAAUUUAGAAUCCUCGAAAUCAAAUUCCCACAUGUCUUCCACGUACUCAACGGAAACACCAGCAACUCCCGCCGCCGCCCCGUCUGAUCCUCACGCUCCACUCCUCAGCCCCCGCCACUCGGAUCCUGCUUCCACCGCUCAGCUUGCAAUGCCGGGUCGGCGGCGUGGAGGGCCGGUGCUCGCGAGGGAGACGGCGGCUCGUGAGCAGGAGGAGCAGAGAGUGGACUGCGAGUACUCGAAGUCGGUCGUGGCGCUGGACAUGAUGUGGAACGCGGCGUUCGUGGCGUUGUCGGUGGUGAUGUUACCGUCUACGAUGAAUGAGAAACCGAAUACUCCUAUUAGGCUGUGGGUUUGCUGCUACGCUUUGCUGUGCAUGCUGCAUGUUGUUUUUGUGUGGUGGGAGUAUAGGUGGAGCAACACAAGAGCAACAUCUGCCGUCGAUGAGGAGAGAGGAGACGCUGCUGCCGAACAUGUUAAUGAUAGUGAAGAUGAAGAAGACGGAAUUGAAAUGAGUCUUUUUGGUUCAAAUCAAUCUAGUGUAGCUAAACGAUGUGAAUCCUUGAAUACAAUGGUAUCGUUUCUUUGGUGUAUAGUAGGCUUCUAUUGGGUUGUUUCUGGUGGUGAUAUCCUUCUGCAAAAUGCUCCACGUUUAUACUGGUUGGUUGUGGUUUUUCUGGCAUUCGAUGUGUUCUUUGCAGUCAUUUGUGUUGUUUUAGCAUGUUUGAUCGGGAUCGCUCUCUGCUGCUGCUUACCCUGCAUCGUCGCAAUUCUUUAUGCUGUUGCCAAACAGGAAGGUGCAGUGGAAGCAGAUCUGAGUGUCCUGAUGAAAUAUCGAUUUCAGAUUAUAAAUAACGGCGAAAAGCCAUGUGUGGGGGCAGGGAAAAUGGUUCCUGUAGAAAUGAGCGGUGGAUAUUUGGCAAAUGAGCACUUACUCUUACCAGAGGAUGCUGAGUGUUGUAUAUGUCUAAGCUCAUACGAAGAUGGUGUUGACCUCCAUUCUCUCCCUUGCAACCACCAUUUUCAUUCAACAUGCAUCUUGAGAUGGCUCAAGACGAAUGCGACAUGCCCCCUCUGCAAAUACAACAUAUUGAAAAGAAACGAACACUUAUGAUGAACACUCAUUUCUGGAUAUAUUUAUCGGCACUUCCCGCUUAUGUUCAUAGGAGAGUAAAUCACGAAGAAUAGCAGCACUCAGAUAAGUUGUUAGCUUUUUGUUUUCCAUUUCUAAUGGCAUGUUGAAUAUUGAGUUGAUUCUUCUUGUCCCUGCCUGAGUUCGUCCGUAUAACCCUUAUGAAAACAUGGAAAAUAUUUUCAUUGCUUAA